AUGUCCCAAGAAACAGGCCUCUGGAGUGUCCGAAGGCCAAGAGAAACUCUGGGAGGCAUCGGCAUAAACACUGGUAUUCCACCUCCGGGCUCGACGAUGAAGCGAAACAACUCAAACAACAACGGUCACGUUCGCUCGGUUUCGGGAUCUAGGCAAUCCCUCGCCUUGUCAAGGCCGAGUCAGCCAAUGUUUCAACGAGCUUCUAUAGGAGCUAAUCUCGCGGACGUCGGUCUCGCUUCUGUCAAAAGGUCUUCGUCGCAACCCAAAGGCUCCUUCAAUACCAUUUUGCAAACACCUGGCAUGACGAGAGUAUCAUCAGAUGCUGAGAGACGGAGCAGUGUCUAUCGACCUAGGCAAUCGGCUGUGGGAGGAGUAAGCAGUCACCAGAGCUUUUUUCAGACGACGCUGCAGCCAGCGGGUGUGCCCAAGGAUCCCCGACCUCUGAAAGACCGAGCUUUCCAGACGAGAAUGGGCCAAGAAUUGAUGGAAUACAUGACGCAAAAUGAUUUCGAAAUGCAAAUGGGCCAUGUCUUGUCACCCAACGUCAUGAAGUCGCCCACCCAGAAAGACUUCAACUACAUGUUUCAGUGGCUGUAUCAUCGCAUCGACCCCAGCCAUAAGUUUUUGAAGAACAUCGACCAAGAAGUACCGCCAAUCUUGAAGCAGCUUAGAUAUCCGUUUGAGAGGAGCAUUACGAAGAGUCAGCUGGCUGCUGUUGGCGGUCAAAACUGGAGCACAUUUCUGGGUCUCCUCUACUGGAUGAUGCAGCUGGCGCAAAUGCUGGACGGAUACGUUGGCAACCGAUACAUUGACGCUUGCAUGGAGGCCGGUGUGGAUGUCAGUGGCGAUCACAUCAUAUUCGAUUUUCUCAGCACGGCGUACAGAGACUGGCUUGCCAUGGAUGAAGACAUGGGCGACGAGGAUGCUGAGCGAGUUCUCGCGCCGCACGUUGACGCAAUGGCCAGGGCAUUCGAACGUUCAAACGCAAAGUACGUUUCUGAGCUGGAGAUGCUCGAAGCUGAGAAUUCGAGAUUACAAAAGGAGAUUGAGGACCUGGAAAAGUCAACCCCUGACCCAGCCUUGUUGGACGAUCACUUUAAAAUCAUGGAGGAGGACAAGGUCAAGUUUGAAGAGUACAACACCCUCGCUCUGCAAAGAUCGGAAAAGUAUGAGGCUCGAGCUCAAGUUUUGCAGGAAGAGCUGGAUAACCUAGUGAUGGAAGUAAAGGAGGCCGAGGACGAGCGAAGAGGACUCCAGAAGGCGGUUGACGCUCAAGGUAUUAGCAUGCAGGAUAUUGACCGCAUGAAUUCUGAACGCGACCGUUUGCAAAAGGGCAUCGAAUCGGCCAGCCAUAGACUCGACGAAGUCAAAAAGAAGGUGGCGGAUAAGGAGUCCGAGGCCAGCCAUAAACUCGAAGAACUCGAGCGCCUCGUUGACAAGUAUAACACUCUUGCUUAUCAGAUCGCCGUCAUACCAACCACUGCUGCGAAUGCACGAGGCAUAGACUACGAGCUUCAGGUGACGGUGGACGAGGGAUCCGACCUCACUUCGACCAACCUGAAUGCCACUAGAAACAUGUCGCCGUCUGCCGAGCGUUUGCUAAUGGAUGCCACAACGGGGUACCAGCCUGGCCAUAUCCUGAACCUCGACCUUCGAGGCGAGACUAGGAGCAACUUUCUCAUGCUGCGCAAAGAAAUUUCGGAUCGACGAAGUGCCGCAAUGGAAGAGAUGAUGAAGGAUCACGAUUUGCUAGAUGGUAUUAAGGAGGCCAUUGAAGAUAAACGCAGUGAAGUCGAGGCAUUGGAGCAUCGCGUGCGCGCAGCCGAAGAAGAAUACGAGAAAACCAAGGAAGUCACCAGCGCUCAGAAGAUGAGCUCGGAUGCUCAGAUUGAGAAGAUGGAAAAGGAACUAUCCCGGAUGCGGGCCGGUCUUUCCGAAUCCGUCCAGCUCCUGGAGCAGCGAGAGAUCAACACAUCAAUAGAGUACCAACAACUUGUCCUCCGAGCCAACUCGCUCCGCGAAGAGCUGCACACAGAGAUUGACCGCAUUCUCAAUGACGUGAUUAAAUUCAAGAUUUAUAUACUGAAGAAUUUGGACGAUUACGAGCACUUCGUUACCGACGAGCUUGAGAGGGAACUCGGUGUAGAUGAUGGGAAAGACGACGGCAGCGCCGCGGAUCUACCAUGA